GAAGUACAUGUACGAAAGAGUUUGAUACUGUGACAUUUACUGUCGUUGACCUUGUUCAAUUUAUCAAGUUGUCGGAACUGGUGGCCUCGAAUCCUCGAGGUCGCAAUGCAGUGAAGAGUCCCUGAACGAUUCCCUAGCUCCUUGAUCAAUCGCGAUGUGAAUUGAACUUAUCGUAUGUUCGCCGAUUUCGACUUUAGAAAGAUUUUAGUUGUUUAGAGACUCAAUAUGAGUGCGAGUGCUUCAGCAGGUGCGAAUGUCUGCGCGGCUAACGAACUUUGUCUGCAUUUGUGCGAGACUUUCUACGCAAUUGCCUUGGAAAGGACUGUUCGCACUAGUUUACGCGCAGACGUGGAGACGCUAUGGCUACGUUUGAAUCUUUGCCGAGACCCUGAAGUGAAGCGGAUUUGGGACUCGCUCUGUGAAAUGACUUGCUCUUGGCAGACGAUUCCCUUGUUGGCAUCAGAAAUGUGUGGCGCACUGAAGCAGUUGUUUGAGGCUUUGGAACAGGAAAUUGGUGUUGUCAUUGGAGCGGAUUGUGCUGCCCUGUGGCGGUAUCAGUUUAAAAUGUGGAUUUUGAAGUCUUACUUUUGCACUUCCGGUUUUUAUGGGGACUUCACAGCAGCAGCAUCUACUGGUUCAGUUGUGAUGUGUCCUUCUCCUGCGGACAUUUCUUUAGAUGUAUUGCCAAGACAUUUGCUUAGUGACACUUUGGCUAAGAAUGUGCAGAUGGCAUUUCGACUGUCUACUUGUUUGGAUGAUCCCGAUGCACAAAACGAGUUUAAGGAGACCAUCAGUUGGAUCUGUAACAAGUUUGGAUCACAUCUUAAUUUUGCUGAAGACUCAGGUGACAUCACUGUAAGCGAACCAGAUGCUACAACAUGUGUUGCUGAAGGUGGUUCCUCUUCACUAUCACUGUGCUCUUCAAGUGCUUCCUCUAGCUCAUUGAUGCAGUCACAAUUUGAGUAUCGAAUUGAGAAGAGUCUAGACAGCAAGUAUGCAAAACAAUUGUUUCCAUCUUCCGACAGCUUAGAGAGUUCUUCAGUCAUGGAUUGUAGUUCAACAGAUGACUUGAAACAACAUAUAGAAAGACUAAGAAGCGUCAUGUCAGCUGAGGUGUUUGAUGACUUUUCUUCUAUGUGUCUCAAGUGUUUGUCUUCUAUCAUUGAUAAUCCUAUCGAACCAAAGUACAGACAUAUUCGCAUUGAUCAUCCUAGAUUUCAUGAGAGAAUAUGGCAACAUGAGCAGUGCAGAAAUUUAUUGUUUUUGGCAAACUUUUCUGAGUGUGCUGGACUGUUAGUUCUUCCAAUGGAAGCAUCACUGGGUCAAGUUUAUCGCCUUUGGGAACUAUUAGCUGAGUGUACAGAUGUGUUGGGGAACAGUGCUGACAGAUAUGCUGGUACACGAGUUGAAGUGCCACUUGAUCGAUUGGGUGCUGCAGUUGUUCUAGCGUCAUCUAUUGGUGUGACGUUUGUUGACUUCGAACGUAACCACCUUACCUCUACUGUUACCAUGGUACAGCUUGAGACCGCUUUGACUAAACAAUCACUGACUGGAAGCAAUGUACAACCAAUCUCAACAUGGAAAGACAUCAAAGCAGCAAUACGUGGUCGAUCGCGUGAAAAUAUGACACAAAGUGAAUAUGCAAAUAUUCGUUCUCGAAUUCAUACUUUUAUUGAUGAAGUACAGCAAGCCAUGAGCAAUACUUUAGGACUGGAUUCGGUUGAGUUGACUUGCUUUACUUAUUUGAUUAAACUCUUGACACAUGUGCUAGAAAUUAAUGCUACAAGCACUCUUCCAUCAUUGAACUACCUCACACCACAACAUCUACCAGUUGAUCGUCUGUCGAGACAAUUUAUGGCACGUGCUGAAGUCAUUCAUGGUCUCUCUAAUAGCUUGGCAGCUAAUAGUUUAGAUUACGAGAUGUCAUCUAUCAUGGUACAGGAGAUGUUGUGGAUGUAUGUGACAUCUCAUAAUGGAGUCAUCUCUCCACUUAGUUUUGCGCUAGAGGGUUCUGACACAAUUGCCGAUGCAGGAGUGGCAAAGGCUGUUUGGCUUGCUGUUCGUCUUGCUGGAUUAGUUGUGGAUGCGUUUGUUGCUAUACGUUACAGUAGUGCCUUACCAGCAGACUUUACUACUAAAAUUAUGUACCACUUCAGGCAGCUAAGAGUUUGCCAACAUCAGUUGGUAAAAGAUCAAUGGUUACAACUCUGCCAACAGACUGCAGAUUGGUCACAGAUAACAAGAAGUGCAAAACUGAGUCAAGAUCUUUGGAGCUUUACUGAUGUCCUUCGAGGAGAAAUGUUGGCAAGUUCUGGGGACAUUGCUAGGCUAUUUGCUGUGACACGCUCCAUUGUGCUUAUGUGGAAGGCAACGAGUUUUGGCCAUCGAGAUACAGAAUGGUUGAAUGAAGUUGGUAAUGUACUGACAAGGGAUCAGUUUACACCUCAUCUUAUUGGACCAUUCUUUAUGGAACCAUUUAGAAGUAGACUGGAGAGUUUGUUUUAUGCAUAUGAGAACACAGAGUGUAGUUUGGGUGUGGCAGCUAUGCAGGUUGAUCGAACUAUAUUAUGGAUUGGAGACAAAUUUGAGCAGUAUCUUAAACAUGCUAGUCAUCUUCCAGAUCAAGCUGCUGCAUACUGUAGUGAGGAACACGAAACGUGUGAAUUCAAACGGUCGUGUUUAAUUGAACAUGACAUUAAAGGGACAGUAGAUGAAAGGGAGUCUCUGACUGGUUGCCAGACAAGCUUGGAAGAGUCUUUGCUGAAACAGUUGACGUUAUUGAAGAGUGUCAUAGAACCAGAUGUCAAUUUGGCUUUUCGUAUGAUUCGUCGAUCAAUUUUCAAUAUUAUACAGAAUCCAAACAACUCUAAAUAUCGUCGCAUUAAAACAGCAUCGGGCUCCUUUCAACGUGUAGUAUGGCAUUAUGUUGAAGCACAACGUCUCUACACUUCACUUGGCUUCUGUGAAGAGUUUGAGAACGUCCGUCAGUCUGCAGCAAUUUUUCUUCCUGAUGAUGCCAGUCUUGAUAAGCUAAUCUGUCUUGAACAUCUGCUUCAAAGAGAGCUGGAUAGUAGCAGUUCUGAGAGACUAUAGACUUCUUCAAUAUCGGAAUGUGUAUGCCAAAUCCAAGUUUGUACUUACUGAAUACAAAAUAACGUUUAAUGUUGGACCGUCAUCAUGAAAUGUUAAUUAUAGUUGUGUUGGUUACUAGAUUGACUAGAGGUCAGAAAGAGAGAACAGUUAUUAUAUAUGUAGUGAUGAUCUGGUGUAAAUAUGUCAUGGGAGUAGGAACACAGGUUAUUUUGCUGUGCGUAUCACAAAUUGUGUAUAUUUAAUUGUGUAAUGUUGGUUAAACUGUGACAAUAAUUGUCGUCCACUGUUUUUAGCAAUAAUGGCAUAUGAAGUGUGCUAGAGAAGAAUGAAUGGUUUAGCUGAGUGAAGGUGUACGCGGUGUGUCUCAGCUAAUUUUUGAUUAACUGAACAUUUUUAGACCAUCGACGUUGAAUAACCAUGACAUUGUAUUGUAUUGAAUAGUUUUUAACAACAAUCUAGUAAAUUUAGUAUGUAAACUGACAUACCAAGUGUUUUGUAGGAUCUAUUCAUGGUUUGUAUAGCUACAGUACACAAACAUCUGCGGAAGCGACACAUCACAGCUUUCAGUCUGAGGAAGGGUUUAUGUAGAAGAUGGGAGAGAGUGUCCCUGUUUUUAGGGUACUUUACAGUAGAAAGAUUUUUUC